AUGCUUGGCGCAGGAGUGGAUCCUCAGCUUAUCCUCCAUCCUUGCCUAGUCGGUGUUUCCUGCGAAGAGGGACGCCUCGAAAAGCAAUCGUGGCGACAAAAGCAAAUCUCACUCUGGCGUCAGAAUGCUCACUUUAAACUCGACGUCUCUGAUCAAAGAACCAAGUCAGUCGGUGGUGUAGUGCAGGUUGAGGCUGGGGGUGCGGGAUGGCAACAUGACAGGCCAAGGGCCUGGUACCAAAAUCCGCCACGGCCCAAGCUGCCGCAGACUCAAGCCACUUCGCCAAUCGUCUUUCAGACAGAAGAACCGGUGGCCAUUCUUAGGCCUCACAGCCGGUGCCAGACGCUGUUGCCUGGCGCAGACAGACGGCCUCCACCCGUCGUCAGGCGCUCCGUAGGGGUGGGGCUGAACCUUCAGGACUGGGUGGUUGCGGAGUUUUUAGGCGCCAAGGCGUGUAACCCUUUUUGGAGAGGACACGAUAUGGACGGAUAG